AUGGCUGUGCUUCGGGCCCAAGCAAUCAUGAAGAUAAUCGUCGUGAUCGGUGCUGGAGGGAACCAGGGAGGCUCAGUAGCACGCACUUUUCUCAACCUCCCUCACUGGAAGGUCCGCGCCAUCACUCGUAACCCUUCAUCUCCGGCUGCCAAAGCUUUGGAAGUGCUCGGUGCUGAGGUCGUGCAAGCGAAUCUCUCUGAUCCCGAUACUCUAUCGCAGGCCUUCCAUGGUGCACAUGCCAUCUUUCUAAAUACAGAUUUCUGGGCUACCUACAGGUCUUUCGUAGCCACGACAACACCUAAGGAGAAAGGUCCUUUAGAUGGAGAAGAAUUUGACCCCGGCAAAGUCGCGUAUCAGGCAGAGGUUUCCUACGGGAGGAACGCGGCUGAAGCAGCAGCCACAGUACCAACGUUGGAAUGUCUUGUCUAUUCGGCCCUUCCAGCAAUGACGAAGUCGACUGGUGGAAAGUAUAAGUCUCAUCAUGCGGAUUCCAAAGGGGCUAUUGCCGAUUAUAUCGAAACAGAACUCCCAGACUUAGCGAAGAAGACUUCUUUCAUAUAUCUCGGCGCGUACAACACCAAUGCAUUGCUUUCGCCCGUUUUGGAUCCAUCGGACGGCAAAUACAAGUACUUCCUACCGUUGAGCAAAGCCGCAAGAAUGCCAAUAAUCAACCAAAAGGAGUCAACGGGACUGUUUGUAAAGGCUUUAAUUGAAGAUGAGGCACCCGGCACCAAGCUAUUGGCAUACGACACUAAUAGCUACUUGACGUACGAACAGAUUCGUGAUAUUUGGUCAAGGGCCAGUGGCAAGGAGGCGGAUUUCGUGACGGUGACCGUUCAAUUUAUGCAUGAGAAAUUCAAAACACCCAUGGAACUUAUACAGUCUGUGCCGGCCCUGGAGGAAUACGGCUAUACCGGGUCAAUGAAGGUAAUCGAGCCGGGUGAUUUGAAGACUGCUGUGAGAACCAAGUCUUGGGAGGAGUGGAUGAUGGAGAGGGACUGGAAGGCAAUUCUCGAGGCUUAG